ACAGUUUCCGAAAACGGACGGCAAACAGCUGCCUCGGGAUUCCGAGGUUAUGUCCAAUUAAAUUCCCGCCAAUUGAACAAAAUUCACUAUCACAAAAAAAUAGUUUUUACAUGUAUUAGGUAGUUUCAUGUUUCAACCAUGAACAAAAUUAUAAGUUUUUUUCAGUUCGACUUUAGUUUGCUUAUUGUGAUUACCCAACUGACAAAUCGUAGGUAGUACUCGUGCGUUAUAAAAUUGUCAACAGAAUCGUCGUCGAGGACAUUUGCCAAAAUGAUGCACCCUGCUGAAAUCGAGUUCAUGGCCGAAAAUGAAAUCAUUCAGAUUGUGCCGACGUUCAAUCAUGCCAGCCACGUACACCUGAUAUGCGGUUCUUAUGGUCCGUUCCGAGCAGGUCUGCCGUUGAACGUUCCCAUUUGGGUGGCACUGAAUCUGCGACAAAAAAAGACGUGUCGUAUCCUAGCCCCCGACUGGAUGACCGUUGACAAAUUGCAAGAAAGACUUGAAGAAGAGAAAGCGUCCAAAUUUUUCACACAGUUACCAACCAAUUUUUACCUGGAAAUCACUCAAAUGUUAUUGACUGUUGCCAGUGAAGAUAUUCCGCAAGGGAACGAUAUAAAAACGGCGGUUAAAGAUCUAUGGGAUUUAAGAAUAGCAAAAUUAAGAUCUUCUGUUGAUUUAUUCGUUAAAGAAGGUCGUGUUCAAGCUUCUUUAAACCAUUUGACCCCAAUGGAGAUUAAUUCUGUGAGACCAAUAUUCCCAGAUACAUUGGAUGCCUUAAUGACACUCCAUGAACACAUUAACUCGAGUGACGACAGAGAAGACAGCAGUCAAUCUUCAGUAGCAACUCCUAGUAGUUCAACAUCUUUUUCAUUAUCCUUGUAAAAUUAUUUAUUUAUACUUAAAAUAGUCAGAAUUGUGAUUCUUUUCACUGGGAUCGGGUUAAAUUAUUUGUUAAACAAAUCAUGUAAAAUAAAGAUUGUAAUAUUUUUAAUAUGUUAAGUCUGAAAUAUUUGGAUUGUCUUGAUCUAAACAUUUGUUUUCUUUAAUCAAGAUUAAAAACAUUGUUUUAUUAUGGUAAGUGCUUCAUAAUGUUAAGUAUUAUAUUUUUAUUUCUACAAUAACUUUUUAGAUAUAUUAGGUAAGACUAGUAUGAGGCAAAAAGUCUUCAAAAAUUAAAAAUCUCAUAUUUUCAAAUUUAACAAAAAUACUAUGUAAAAUGUAAUAAGUCUAUAAGUUUAGUUAUAAACAAUGAUAAUCAAUAAAUGUUGUUGGGCGUAUACUUAAUUGUGAUUGCAGUAUGGUAUUAUUUUAAAUGUCAAGAUCAAACUAUACUUACCAUAUAUAGGAUAUAUCCAAGGUUAAGCAAGAAUGUUUAUAUUUUAAGUGUACAUAUGCUUAUAAAUAAUAACAUUCAUAAUCUAUACAACUGAUUGUACUCUCGUAUUAAAAGUUAAAAAAACAACUCAAUUUUAAUUUAAAAUAUAAUAGUCAAUUGAUAACAAUGUACACAUCACGACUGUUGAGCAUAAUAUUUAUGAUGUAUUAUUCAGUCAUCUAAUAUAAUGGAAAAUUUUUAUUAAAUA